AUGGGACCUGUGCGAAGUAUACUGCUGAUUUCAAUGUGUUUUACAGGCAUUCUCAGCAUAUCGUUGCUGGAUGCAUAUCGCUCAGAGAAGCAAACAGCUCGACGAAGAGGUAUGCUGAACGUACGCUUUCGUCCGAUAAUGCAUCUCAGGGGCGAUGAUGAUUGGAGGAAACAAGUCGGCAUGGAAACACUUACAAAUCAGAUGAUGGACGAAAAUGGCAUUGUUUUCGACCUCAACCCACCGGCGAACGACCAUAUGAGCAGGAUAUUCGCAGGACCUACCGGUAGAGGAUCCAAAAUCAGUAAAUGA